UGAAGGACUGCACUUAUUAUGAUGAAAAGGAAGAAUCAAUUGAUGAAGAAGCUGAAGCUGAAAUGGAAGAAGUGUCAGAAGUGGAGGACUGCACUUCUUAUGAUGACAAAAAUCAACUGAUGAAGAAGAAUCUGAAGAAGAGGACCCAGCUGAGACAGAAGAGGAAGAAUAUUUCCAUUCAAAGGAUGAAACAUUGCUCUGGUCUUCCAUCCCUCCCAGUGACAGACGGCACAUGCUGACAGCAGAGAGAGCAGAAAGAGAGUCAAGCCACCAUGGUCCAACCGCAUAUGCAAGGUCUCAUAUAGAUGACAUCAAGUCUAUUUUUGAUCUCUUUCUCCCCAUGCCUAUUCAAAAUAUGGUGCUGAAGAUGACAAACAAGGAGGGGCAACGUGUGUAUGGCAACAAAUGGAAAAAUUUGGAUGCAACAGACCUGCAGGCAUAUAUAGGUGUGUUGAUUCUUGCUGGUGUCUACCGAUCCAGUAAAGAAGCUACAGCUAGCUUAUGGCAUGCAGAAUCUGGUAGGGCAAUUUUUCGUGCUACCAUGACACUCAAGAUGUUUCAUAAAAUCUCAAGAGUGAUUCGAUUUGAUGACAAAGACACAAGAAAAGAUUGGCGUGCAUGGGACAAAUUUGCUCCCAUUCGAGAAGUAUGGGACAAGUGGGUGUCACUCCUGCCGUUGAUGUAUGAUCUAGGCAGUGAUGUGACUGUGGAUGAGCGCUUGGUCCCCUUUAGAGGUCGCUGUCCAUUCAAGCAGUACAUUCCAAGUAAACCUGGGAAAUAUGGGAUAAAAAUAUGGGCAGCAUGCGAUGCCAGGUCCAGCUAUGCAUGGAACAUGCAGGUAUACACUGGCAAACCUGCUGGUGCAAAGUCAGAAAAAUAUCAGGGCAUGCGAGUUGUCCUUGACAUCACAGAAGGUCUACGGGGGAAAACAAUCACCUGUGACAACUUCUUCAUUUCAUAUGCCCUUGGCCUGCAGCUGCUGAAGAAAAAGCUCUACAUGUUGGGAACAGUACGGAGGAAUAAGCCUGAGCUUCCCCCUGCCCUAGUGUCAAAAACGGGCAGGGCUCGCUUCUCAUCUAAGUUUGCCUUCACUGAGACCCAUGCUUUUGUGUCCUAUCACGCUAAAAACAAGAAGAAUGUUCUUCUCAUGAGCACUUUGCAUCGGGAUGCUGCUGUGAGCAACAGGGAUGACAAAAGGCCAAAAAUCAUAGAGGACUACAAUCACAACAAAGGGGGUGUCGAUAAUCUUGACAAGGUUACCAGUGUGUACACAUGCAAAAGAAUGACAGCCCAUUGGCCAGUCAUUGUCUUCUAUAACAUUCUAGAUGUGUCUGCAUACAACUCUUUUGUCCUUUGGUCUGAGAUCAACGCAGCCUGGAACAAGGGGAAGUAUAACAGAAGGAGGCUUUUCAUGGAGGAACUUGGGCGCCAAUUGGUGAUACCUCACAUCAAGCGACGCAUGAUCCAGUGUGAAAAAAGUGCAAAGGAAGAGGAGGAUCUGAAGAGAGAGGGAGGAAAAGAGGAGUGA